CAAAUACAAAAUUUACAAGUACAAAUUUGUGGAUGUAAUUUGUUAACUGGUGCAAUAGGUCCCAUGUUUACCACGCAUUUGGAAAAGUAUUUUUUUUGAUAAUAUCAUUGGAUAAUUACAAAUGUAAUUGUAAUUGUAAUUAUUGUGAGUUUUGCCCGAACAACAUUGCACCCAGAAAAUUUGACUUUUCCCUUUUCGCCUAUUGUGAGUUUCACCCGAAAAAUUAUUCAUGUUCGAAAAAUUCUCCUUAUUGUGAACGAUCAUUUCGGACGGAAUGAUAUGCCGUUAACAGUGAUAAUUUUCACUUAUAUUUAUGAGGCGAACAAGAGCACAAUAAGGCGGAAAAUGUAAGUUGUUUGUUUAUUUUUUUAAGAUAAGAAAAGUUUAAAUUAAAGUUUUUUGUUAUAAUGCAGGAGCAAAACAAUAAAAAAAGAUCAAAGUGAUAUGCUGCUUAGUAAAAUGCAAGAGAAUCCAGAAAUUGCCAAAGGCUUUACUAAAGCAAAUCGAGAGAAAGUGGCCGAAUUUUGUAAGAGACUUGCCUUGGAAUUAAAUAGUGCAGGGCCGCCGGUGAAGAGUGAGUUUGAAUGGAAGAAAGUUUGGACAGAUCAGAAGCGAUACGUUAGAAAAAAGGCAUCAGCAAAUAAAGUGCUUCAAAAAGGUACAGGAGGUGGGCCAAAUAAAACGCAAAAGUUUUCACCUUCGGAAGAGGCCAUAUUCCAACUUGUAGGAAUGAAGGAAGCAGUGGAGGGAGUAGGAAGUUCGCUGUCCUUUGGUUUGGCUCGCCCACAAAAUGAAAUGAUAUACAAAGUGCCAAACAAUGCGAGUAUGAUGCUACAUUGCACCCGAAUGAGGUAGAGUGCGUUGAAGCUGCUGAUGGUUAUCUUUUUGAAACGGAACUCAUACAGGAUGACAACAGCGUGCAACCAACUCCUACAACAUCUCAAGCCGCAAAGAAAAGAAAGAUGAGUACCAACG